GUUCGUACUAACACAUUGAGCUGGUAUGAGUUCUCUAUCUAUUUUACCAAUCAUUUAAGUCUGAUCCCUGCAACAAAGAGGCCUCAAGAUGUCAUUUUUCCAAAAAUUAUUUAAAGGAUUAGUCGAUGACAAGUCAAAAGACAACUCGGGAAAAGGUUCUUCUAAAGGAAGUGUCACGCCUUACUAUGGCACCGUCCGGCCUGAUCCCAACUUCAGUGCCAGCAGAGAUGCUGCAGCUUUACAGACUGCUAUUGACACCAAAGGUGUGGAUGAAAACGCCAUUACGGAGAUUCUGGCUCGAAGGUCUAACUCUCAGAGGCAGGAAAUCAAAGCAGCUUUUCAACAAGAAACUGGAAAAGAUUUAAUGAAGACUUUGGGUUCGGUGUUGAAGUCCCACUACAAGCAUGCGGCCCUGGCCCUGCUCAUGACUCCGCCGCAGUACGAUGCACAUGAACUCAGACAGGCCAUGAAGGGUUUGGGAACCAAUGAAAAGGUGCUGGAUGAAAUUCUGGGGACAAGAUCAAACCAGGAAAUUAUAUUGUUAAAAACUGCCUUUAAAGAGGCAUAUGGAAAGGAAUUGGAGCAUGAUAUUCAGGGUGACACACAUGGACAUUACAAGACGGCUCUACUCGCCUUGUGCAAGGGGACAAGAAAUGAGGAUCAUGACAUUGAUGAUGGGCUCGCAAAAAGUGAGGCCAAGUCUCUGUUUGAAGCUGGAGAAAAAAAGCUCGGGGUAGUGUCUUCUGUUUUCAUCGACGUUCUGACCUCCAGAGGUGACGCCCAGUUGUGCAAAAUUUUCAAGCAGUAUGAAAAAUUAAGCCCAAAUGGAUUUGCUCAGGCGCUGAUGCAUGAACUACAUGGAGACACAGAGGGUUGCCUAAUGACCUUGGUGAAAGCAGCCUGGAACAAACCUGCCUACUUUGCUGAAAGGAUUCAUCUGGCCAUGAAGGGCACGGGGGCCGAUUGUGACACGAUGACUCGGAUCAUAGUGAGUCGCUCUGAAGUGGACCUGCAGAAAAUUUUGCAGGAGUAUAAAAGGAUGUACGGGAAACCACUUCAGCAGGACAUUCAAGCAGAAACCAAAGGAGAUUAUGAGAAACUUCUUCUGGUGCUCUGUGGAGACCAAACAGGAGUCUGAGCACCAAUUUUCAAAAUGUUUAAGAUAUUUUAAUGGUAAAUGUUUCAUAUAUAUAUAUAUAUAUAUAUAUAAAAAAGUCAAUCUGUGUGUAAUUACAUCCUGUCUUAAUAAAGCUACUUCCCUGAAACGUU